UCAAAAUUAUCUUCCAUAGGUUGAAGAGGUCAUCAGCUAUCUGAAGUCAUAGGUCUGAUCCAGUUUAAUAUUCGAACAAAGUGCAGUGAGCAUAGUGGAGUGUUCUUGUGCUAUACAAAAUGCCGGCUUCUCAUGGCAGCCAGACUCCGUUUUCUCUGGAAAACAUGGAGUCGUACAACAGAAUUCUGAGCAUUCCUAUCGUCAACAGCGGUCUGAACAUCGCGGAAAAUAUGUAUGGGCGGAUAAAAAGGACCAACAACAUGCUUUCUUGGACUUUGGAUCAAGCUGAAGAUACCAUCAAGGCUGUAACUCACAAUCCAGCGAUUGGUCUACUGGAAAUGCCACUGAACACAAUCGACAAGGCUAUUUGCAAGAGUUUAGAUAUCGUCGAAAGCAGAAUACCAUCCAUAAAUCUACCACCAAAAAUGAUUUAUUCGAACACAAAAGACUAUCUAUCCGAAGUUAGCACCAAAAUUGUGAAGCCUGUUCUCAAAAGAGCUGAUUCCGUAAAACAAAUUGGAAAUACGGUGUUAACAAGCAAAUACACCGAAUACGCAGCUGAUAAACUUGACGAUGCUCUGGAUGUUGCUGACGCCUACAUUGAAAAAUACUUUCCUGAUCAGGAGGACUCCAAGUUCAAUCAAGAUAUUGUACACCCUGCGACAAAAAGUCGUGCCCUCCACACCAUGAAACAUGUCGACAGGGUUUCUAAGAAGCUACAAAGAAGACUGACCAAGAGAACCCUCGAGCAUGCCAAAAUUAUCAAGGAACAAGGAACUGAAGCUAUCCACGUACUUUUCUAUGUUGCAGAACUCAUUGUAACGGAUCCUAAAUUGGCACUGCAGAAGGCUAAAGAACUCUGGGCAGAACUAAGCAAGAACGAACCGGAAAACCAAGCUCGUCCCAAAAAUGUUGAGGAAUUGUUUGUUCUUGUUGUCAGAGAAUCUGCCCGUUGCCUUGUUCACUUGAUCAAUUAUUCUACUGCAGAAAUCAUUAGAUUACCAAGGCUGAUUGUUAAGACGAUCGGGAGCUCAAAGUCUGUCAUUAUGAGAAACACACAAGCUAUUAUUCAGAAUUUCCCUUUGGAAGAAGUGGAAAAAUUUCUGGCUGAUGCAAUGAAAUUCAUACGUCAGGAAAUCAAAUCUUUUACCUAUCAAGUACUGGAACAAGCACGACAGCCGGAGCCAAUAUCUCCUCCCCAACCAGUAACCAUUGCACUGGCAGUACCAAAAAUCGAGAUCAAUUCUAAAGCGGCAAACAGCAAAGUAAACAGCACCAACUCUACCAGCCAGCUUCGUCAGCGUCAUCAGAACGAUCACCACGGCCACCAUGGACAUACGCAGCACGGUCACCAAAGUCACGAGCAGCAUGGCAACAGUGGACAAAAAAAAAAUGGCGCCAAAUCACCUCCUCGAAAGCGGGAUUUUUCAGAGAAGGAAAACUAACAAUAUUCGUUGUUAUAAUUUUAGUUUUUAUUUUUUGUUUUCAGAUAACCUUAUUAUAAUAUAAUUAUUUUCGAACUGUU